AUGGAUAUUUUUCCCUUUCGCAUCUGCAUACAGACGGAGAGAGAGCCCCCUGGAGUUUCAGACAUACGGUUAGGAAAUAAUCUACACUUGGCGCUGUUACAGGUGCCAGGUCCAGUUUUAAGAGUUUCAUUAAAACGGCGACGUGUGAUUGGUGGGCUUUGGGUCAGCACCAUGUUUUCCUUUCAGCCUGACAAUUUUGAGCUUUUUUGGUUUUGUGGUCGCCUUGACAAAUUCCGCUGUUGUGGUCGCUACCUGCCUUCUCUGUCGCUUUUGUCAGCUCCACCUCGCUGGCCUUCCACCAUCGCAUCUGUCGCGGCUGCUCCAAAUUGCUCUGUCUUCGUGGGAAUACAACAAAGUAAAUGGCCAGGAAACGACGGGGUUAGAAACGAUACUAGUGCGACCAGGCAGAACUCAUCUCAUCAUCAUCCUCGUAAACAUCUUGAGAUCAAAUUUUUUCAGGAAUCAAAAAGAAAAGAAAAAUGGUGGGCUUUGUAUUUGAAAAAUGAAAAGCUCACCCAAAAUGAUUAG